CGCAGCGCUACAGUCAGGCUCAGCCAGCGCACCGUCCUUGUUGUAGAGAAUAAUGGCGGCAUCGGGAGGCGGAUUAUCAUCGCCCGCUAAUGUCGCAGGCAUCAGCAGCCAGCCUCCGGCCCGGGGUCGCUUCCCGGGCCGCCCGUGGACAGCUCGCAGCCGGCUGCGGAGAGAGAAACGUCCUCAACGCGGAAGGCUGGGCUCCGACAGCGCAGAGCUGGUUGUCGGAGGGCCGAGGCCCGUAAACAUCGGCCUGGCGUUGAGCGAGGAUCCGUCCCUGCUGCGCCUCCUCGGGGUGACGGAGAAACACGGGCGCCAGAAAGAUGCUGGCUUCUACUCGAGCGACAGUGACGAGGAGGAAGAAUUCACUGGAUUUGGGACCACAGCGGUUCGUCCACAGCAAACUCCUGGCAAUCCUCCUCAGUCGUCAUUACUCAGCCAAGCAAAGCCUCCCCCAGCUCCAGACGUAUCUCUGGCACCAAAGCCUUUGAUUGGAAAAAUUGUUCCGAAGACACCUAAACCAACUCUGAUUGGAAAAAUUGUACAAAGGGUACCUAAAGACAGCCAGAGUGCAAAAGAGAGUUCAGUAACAGACAAACCAGUACCCAGGAUAGUAAUUAAACUGCCUGGCAAAGGGCCAGCUCCCAGUCCAAGGGCCACAUGUGAAGACCAGCAGGCCUCAGGUACACAGAGCCGCACAAAAGACGGCUCUGUUAGAAAGACAGGAGAAAAGACGGACUCAGCUUUAGCAAGUAGGACAGGCAGCACGCAAAACCAAACAACCACUACCUCAGCUGUUGGCACCAAGCAAGAUAAACUGGUGUCCACUCCGGCGGUGGUUAAGGGCAGAGAAAAGGCCUCCAGGGUGGAAAAGCCAGGGGAGUUGUUGAACUCAGAGACGGAGCAGGCCCAGCCUCAGAGGUCUGUUAAAAGCAUGAGGGGGUCUCAACAUGAUGGUCCCAGUGGCACAUCUCAAGCAGUUUCUCUGUCCCUUGAAUCCUUUAAUAAGCAACAGAGGAGAAGAACAACCAAGGAUAUGGGUGCCUCUCCCGAGGCUGGAGCUGAGGCUGGUGCCCAGAGUGGACAGGAGGCAGCGAUGCCGCUAGAGGGCAAAGCUGGAGAAUCUUCCCAGAAAAAGUCACCCAGAAAAUGCCAACGCAAAUCUUUAUAUGGAUACAGAAGGAAGCCUCCAUCUCAAAACCUUGGUGUUUUUUCACGUCCAAAAAUAACUCGUGUUCACACCAGGCGUGUCUUUUACACCUACGUACCUGAGUUCGUUCCGGAGACACAGAAACAGGAUGGAGAGCAGCAGCAGUCACAGGGCCAGAAUGUCACACUGUCCGCGGAUCAGCCUAGCUCGUCUUCCGAACAGGUCCAGCCAUGCUCCAACCAAUCCUCUUUACCUGUAGUGAGUGCAAGGUCCUCCAGGGUCAUCAAGGCUCCCAAGAGGUUCCUUGAUGAGGAAAUGAUAGCCUUUCCAAAAGGCUCUCCGUCAACUUGGCUGAGUCAGCUGAAAGAGGAGGGCAAACAGAGCCCAUCAUGUAAUGAGUCAAGUUAUGUUGCCAGCUCAUUGCAUUCAGACAGUGACUCUUCAUCCCUGGUCAGCAGCCCGUCUGCCGCAAGGAAGAGCUCAUCAAAGCUCAGUCCAAGCUCUAGCCAUCUGGAGGUCUACAAGAACCUCAAAAGGCUGACCUCCAAACUGGCAGAGAAGAAGAAAGGUCAGUCGAAAGCUCAGGGUGAUAUUACAGGUGAUGGCUCCAGCUUGAUGCCUUCAGUUAGGAAGAGGCUCAGGUCCAAGAUCAUGAUGGAGGAGAUGGACUCUCCCGGUGUGGUGCGGAAACUCGCUGUGCUGGUGAACGCUGGUGCACAAGCAUCCUCUCACACUGCACUGGGCAGGACAGUAAAGGAAGGAGCAGACCGCGUGGAAAAUAAUAAUGAAGGUGAGUCCAUAGUCGGGGACAGCAGAGAGGCGUUAGAGGUCAGCGGCCCCAGCCAGCGACUUGGCAUGAGUGGAGCCAAUAAGAGGAUGCUCCAUCUGCUGAAGAAAGCCAAAGUCCAGCUCAUCAAGAUUGACCAGCAAAAACAGCUCAAGAUGUCACAAGUGAGCAUCAGAGAUCAGCAUGAGUACAAAGCCAAAGUUCCUGUGCAGUUGGGAUCCAGAGAAUUGGGAGCAGCAGCAGGUGGGAGGAGGAGGAGAAGAAGAGUGGAGGCAUCUCUCAAAGUUAUCAGUCCUCAGGAGCAGCCGCUGGGUGGUCCAAGGAUCAAACAUGUAUGUCGAGCGGCGGCGGUGGUUUUGGGGCAGCCCCGCGCCAUGGUGCCAGAUGAUAUUCCCAGGCUUAGUGCCCUACCGCUCCAUGAGAGAGAGGGCAUCACCCCUUCUCCUGCAGCAGAAGACGUUGCAGACGAUGACGACUACAUGUCUGAUCGGGAUCGGCCUCAGUGGGUGGUCCCUCAGGGACACAUCCAUAAGAGGAGAAGGAGGAAGGGCCACAGGUUUAAAAAGCGGAGAUUACUGACUCGGUAUGCACCUGGAGGUGUCCGGGCCCGCCGCUGUGGAGCCUGCGAGGGCUGCCUGAUAGAGGAAGAUUGUGGCAGGUGCAUCAACUGCCGUGAUAAGCCCAAGUUUGGAGGGCCCAACACAAAGCGACAGUGCUGCAUAUAUAAGAAGUGUGAGCGGAUUCAGAAGGGGAAAAAUGAGCGCAUCAUCAAACCAUUGAAACUCCAGGCGAGGCGGUUCUCGGGCGACAUGUCAAGCGAUGAUGACGGGGAGUGGGGCGUUGGAAUGGCAGAGGAGGGGCCAUCCACGUUAACGCCUGCAGACAGGAGGCAGUCGCGGCGGAACAUCACACCGCGCUCCUACAGCAACCUGCUCAAAUCCGACUCUGAAGACGAGGACACUGCCGACGAGUCCGCAGCCAAGCCAGCUGCUGCUACACCUAGCAACCAAGACCUUACCCCUCAAGAUGGUGGAUCAGUUCCAGGCGACCUUCCCAGUGAGACAGUGAAGCAUCGUCGGCCCCUCCCCAGAGGGGCUGGUGGCAGAUUCAGAGCUUUCAAGGAACAGGAGACGGAAGUGAGGGAGCCCAGAGAACCUAUCCAAGAAACCAGUCCACCCAGGAGCCCAAAGCCGAGGCUGCAGCAGCAGCUACAAAUACACUUAUACCGUCUGCCUGAUUUAAUGGUGCAGUCAGCUCUGCCAUUCCCUCAGCAGUUACCUCAGUGUCGGGAGCAAUGUACUUCACAGUCACCACAUUCCAUAACACAGUCACCUCCAAAAUGUCCCCAGCCUGUCACACAGCCUGCUACCCCACACUCAACACAUUCCAUAAUACAGUCACAGUCACCUCCAGAGUCGCCCCAGUCUUUACCACAGCCGUCUCUGCAGUUGCGUUUGCACCGUCUUCCCCAGUCUGUGGUGCAGGCAGCUUUGCAGGUGCACAAGUCUGUACCUUCACCUCCAAAAGCCCCCCAGCCCAUUAUGCACAAGGCUCUGUCAGUGCCUCAGCUGCUAGAACAGCCAGUUCUGCAGUUGGGUUUGCAACAACUGCCUGAGUCUGCAGUGCAGCACCUAGAAAAUUUGUCACAGAGACUGAGAGUUGACAGAGGAAUGAAGGUGCAGAGAGCACUGCAAGUGCACCCUCAGACUGUUGAUCCAGACUCACUGGUACAGAAGGGCACACAAGAAGAGCAGGAGGACGAACAGGGAGAUCAGUCUGAAGAAGACGAGGACACUUCUGUUAAAGAGCUGCAAAGCAAACCAAGAACUGACACAGACUAUCUCAUUCAUUCCCAGAAUCCUGCAGAGUGUGCAUCAGUAAACACCCUGGUGGGGUUCACUAAUGGAUUCCCCCAAAAGGGCCUGUCGCAGAACAAGCACAAGAUCCGCGUGGACUUCAAGGAGGACUGUGCUGUCCAGAACGUGUGGCUGAUGGGCGGCCUCAGCGUCCUCACCUCUGUCCCUACCACGCCGCAGCCCGUCUGUCUGCUCUGUGCCAGUAAAGGGCAGCAUGAGAUGAUAUACUGCCAGAUUUGCUGUGAGCCCUUUCACAGUUUCUGCCUCCUGCCAGAGGAGCGCCCCCAGGAGGAGAACAAGGAGAACUGGUGCUGCAGGCGCUGCAAAUUCUGUCAUGUGUGUGGCCGCAAAAGCAAGAGCACAAAGCCUGUGUUGCAGUGCAGGAGAUGCCAAAACUGCUACCACCCUUCAUGCUUGGGACCAACCUACCCAAAGCCCAUGAACUGUACCAUACCCUGGGUGUGCAUGACCUGCAUUCGGUGUAAAAGCUGUGGUGUGACACCUGGAAAGACCUGGGAUUUGGCCUGGAACCACGAGCAGGCCCUCUGUCCUGAGUGCACCUCUCUCUACAAAAAAGGCAAUUUCUGCAGUGUCUGCCACAAGUGCUAUGAAGACAACAGCCAUGACCUGCAGACGAUUCAGUGUUGCAGGUGCAGCCACUGGGUUCAUUCAAAAUGUGAAGGACUCUCAGAGGAGCAGAUUGGGCUGAUGUCAGCUCAACCACACAGAGUGGCGUUCACCUGCUCGUCCUGCCGCAAACAUCUGUCUGAACCCAUCCACUGGGAAGACGAGCUGCAAGUCAGGCUGACAUCCGGGCUGGAGGAAGUGCUGUCUGACCUCCUCUCCUCCAGCGCUACUCGGCACCUCAUCACUUGUAAAAUGUGUGAGGAAGCUGAAUAUGUAAGGGACCAGCAGCUGCCAGUCUGUGAUCUCGACGCCAUGGGCAAAAAAUUUGAAGGGGGUCAUUACACCUCAGUAAAAGCUUUCCAUGAAGACGUCGUCUCUGUGAUGAGGACAUGGCAGGAGGAGGAAGAGGCUCUCCCUGAGGAUCGGAGACCCACCAGUCAUGCCAGGGAACACUACCUCAAAGUGAUGGAGCAGGUUUUCAGUUGGUUCCAUAGACAUCUGAAAAUAGGGGACUCACUCUCAGAAGAAUUCCCAAGUCGCCUUGUCUCUUGCUAUUUUAGUCACAUGCUUCCUGAGGCAGUCGUGCCCCCGUCGAAGGAGCACAGCUAUGCACAGUGGCUGGAGAGGACGUACCAGCUUCCCAAGGAGUCUGGGGGCAUCCGUGAGGCGACCACCAACUCUCUUCCAUUUUCAGUCACUACACAACAGUCUGGUGCUGCACAUUCAGAUGAUAUAAUGAAUAAUGUGGAAUCCACGAGGGCUAAAGAUGCAAGGCAGUGUGCGUUGUGCCAACACUGUGGAGACUCAGCCCCCAAUGAUGCAGGUCGGCUGUUGUACUUGGGGCAGAACGAGUGGGCCCAUGUUAACUGCUGCCUUUGGUCUGCAGAGGUGUACGAGGACAACAGUGCUCUUUUGCAAGUACACAGCGCCGUCUCAAGGGGGCGCCACCUGCGGUGUGAUCACUGCGGACAGUCAGGAGCCACUGUGGGCUGCUGUCUCUCCACCUGUCAAAGCAACUUCCACUUCAUGUGCGCUCGUGUACAGAACUGUGUUUUCCAAGAGGACAGGAAGGUGUACUGCUACAAACACAGGGACCUUGUCAGUGAAAAGAUGGUUUCUGGGAAUGAGUUUGAAGUUCCUCGGCGGGUCUACGUCGACUUUGAAGGGAUCACACUGAGAAGGAAGUUCCUCACAGGCCUUGAGCCGGAAUCUAUAAACAUGACCAUAGGCUCUCUUCAGAUCCAGAAACUUGGUGUGUUAUCAGAGCUGUCGUCACAUGGAAGGAUGCUUUAUCCUGUUGGUUAUCAGUGUUCUCGAUUGUACUGGAGUACGGUGGAUCCCCGUAAGCGGUGCAAGUACACCUGUAAAGUGACAGAGGUGAGCACCCCUCUCCCAGGUGAAGAACGCGAUCCGAGGUGGGACAGAGAUGAUAACCACACCAUCGUCCACAGUCCCAAGCACCACAAGGACAUGGAGUCUCCAGAAUGUUUAAGCACUUCACCCAUGGAGGUAAAUCCCAGCACCCCAUCACCCAACUCAAAACAGCACAAUACUGGAGCCAGAACGCCUGUUUACACAAAGUCCAGGAGACCAGCAGGAGGAUCAUCACGACCUCUCCCAUCUCCAGGUUCUGCUCCUCCCAAACCACAUCACAUUCUGACCAUGAGGGACUUGGAGGACACCCGUCGGCCUCGCAGGCUGUCGUCAAGGAGCCGCUGCAGCUCCUCCCCCACAGAUAAUGACCCCUCUGUACCUAUGACUCUCCGCUCGGGUGGCACCCUCAACUCCAGAUCUCCCCUUUUUAGUUCCCCUGUGAGAUCACCUGAACUUAUGUCAACGUCACCUCCUUCAUCACGGCGAGGGCGGAACUCUGCAUCCCCAAUUUGGAGCUCCCCACCCACAUCUCCCUCUAGCAUUUCUGCAGGGCUGUCACCUCGGCAAGGUGCCCUCACUCACUCCCCUAAAGGCAGACAUUUCUUCAAAAUCACUACACCAGUGUCUGCUGAGGUUCCCCAAGACUUCCUAGCAUCAUCUGAGGCAGAAGAUGCAGCAGUGGCAACAACCAACGGCAUCUCCCUAGCUCCUGAUAGCCUCGAGGAGGAAGUAGCCCACCUAAUGGCCCAGGAACUGCCCUACACUGUGUUUGAUGCUGACACAGUGGCUUCUGUGCUGAAUGCUAAACUUGAGUUUGAUGAGGCCCUGCUCAACGAGAACGUGGCACUUGACUGUGGAGCACAAGGAGGGAGAGGGGAGGUGGAGAGUGAAGUGCAAGGCGAGGAAACACAGGCACAUAAUCAGGAGCACGGCUCUGCAGAUGAAAAUUCUGGUCAUUAUUUUCAGUUUUCACGCACUGUGGUGGUCUGUGAGGCCUCUAACGACGCGGAGCACUCAGGGCUCCCUCCUCCAACACCAUCCAUCUCACAGUUAGAUGGGGCUGACAGUGGGUCAGAGACUGAUGCAAGCGAAGAUAAUGCGGAUGAUGAUGAUGAUGCACAGGACACAGGAAGAGGAAGUGAGGACACUAAAAUUCAUACUAACCAAAACACACACACAAAAAAACUGACAGUUGCUCUGAAGAGACUGGAAUCAAUCUACACAGUGACAAAAUCCUCAGCUGAACAAGAAACGGCAAUGAACUGUGAGCCAGACUCGAAAGUAGAAGCCUUACAAACCCCUGUUCCUGAAGCUUGUGACUCAAAUACCAGCUUGUCGGUUCAAGAAGAGGUUCUGAUGGACUUGGAUACAGCAGCCUCCAAAAAAGAUGUUCCUUUGAAUCCAGCUACAGGGCAUUUAAUAUCUGCCGAUGAUGGCUCUGUUGUAUACCUAGCUAACAAUGCAGGUCUUGAUAAAGACGAAAACAGUUCAUCUUCCGACUCAGUUGGUGGAUAUAAAGAUGAUUUGGCCGACCCUGACUACUGUCCCGAACCCAGAGCUAAAAAGUCUUCCGUAACAAAUGUGAAAACUGUUAUUGUGAAACCUUUAGCAAAAAGUAACCUGAAACGCCUGUCGCCAAAACCAUGUAUUCCACCGGGCAAACUUCCCAAGUUGCCCUUGGCAGCUCGAUCAGUACAGAUUGUAAAUAAUGUCUCCACAUCCACUACAGGUUUUAAUACGGUACCGCGGACAGUCACGUCCCCCAUUGUGAUCAACGGCUUAAACUCUUUACCGAUACAGCCUGGAGCAACACGAGGCAGAACCAUUGCCAUCCGCUUAGAUAACUCCAAACCAGGAACUCAGCAGCCAUCGGUGGUUCCCGCUCAGGCUGGUGCCUCCAACUCUGUCCCAUCCCCCGCCCCCGCCCCCGCCCCUCAGGUCCUGCUGGUAAACCGUCAAGGUCAGAUCCUGAUCAAAGACCCGAGAUCGAACACUUACCAGUCACUUGACGUGAAUGUUCCUGCCUACAGCAAAAUAAGCCAGAUUGCCAAAUUGAUUCACAGUGGCAAUGUCUUGCAGCACUCUGUCCCCCGUGUGUUAGUCAGGUCUCGACACAGCCUCCCUGGCACAAACAUCACCCCUGCCAGCAACCACACGACAACAAAUGAGGGUAAAGUCGUUAUUAAAGUGCUGCCCAUGAACAGUGGACAGACUUCAGCUGCUGUCAAGAAGGUUUCUGAGCCGGGCCUUUCCAACAUCCAGGGAUCCACAGCCCAAGCUAUUAUUGACAGAGCUAUGCCUAGCCACCGAGAGAUCACCAAGACACAGCCCAUCAUCUUGAGCAGCAAUCGGCGACCGCCAAACACCAGGAUUCUUAGUCCAUCCCAGUCCCAGGUCACACACUGCUCGGAGAAGUCACCUGCUGCAUUCCCAGAUCAGUCCGGCAGCGGCCUCAGUGAGCCCGAUGUCAACGUGUGUGCUUCAUCACGCUCCCAGGUGCGCAUCAAGAGAGUGUCAUCUCUCACUGAGAGGCCUGGCAGGAAGAGAUGCAAAAUGGACUUCUUGAAGGAUCCUUCAGGCGAGCUGGAUGGCCUAAUUGAAGCCAGGUCAAGUGGUGUGAGAAUGAAGGCACCAUCGAUGAAGGACAUUCUUGAUCUUGACCAGGAGAAGAUACCUGAUGAGGUUGAGCAGUCAAAGAUCAAUACUCCAGCAUCUGUAAAUCCCAUCAGGUCUCCCCAGGAAGAGAGUGCGCCUACCUGCCCUCAGAACGACAGCGACACUCAGGGUAAAACACACAUGUGGGUCAGUGCUCGCCAUGGAGACCUCUCUGAAUGGGGCCCUUAUUCAGGUUUUAGCUCAGAAGAGGAAACACCAGACCCUAAACCCAGGAACAGGACAUACAUGAAUCAACCCCACCUGCGCUUUGAAAUCACAAGUGACGAUGGCUUCAGCAUUAAGGCCGAUAGCAUUGAAGUUGCAUGGCGUGCGGUGAUUGACGGUGUCCUUGAGGCACGGGCAGGCUUCCACCUGAAGCAGCUGCCUCUAGGCGGGAUGAGUGGGCCGCGCGUGUUGGGUGUUGUCCAUGAUGCGGUCAUCUUUCUGCUGGAGCAGCUGCAGGGCGCUGCCAGCUGCAAACACCACCGCUUCCGAUUCCACCGCUGUGACGACACGGAGGAAGAGCUGCCCCUCAACCCAAGUGGCUGUGCUCGUGCUGAGGUCUACACACGGAAGUCAACCUUUGACAUGUUCAACUUCCUGGCAUCACAACACCGACAGCUCCCUGACUUCUCAGGCCCCUGUGAUGAAGAGGAUGACGAUUUCCCACUGAAAUCUUCCAGGCGAGCUACUAGCACUGAGCUUCCCAUGGCGAUGCGAUUCAGACACCUGGAGAAAACUUCAAAGGAAGCAGUAGGAGUUUACAGAUCUUUAAUUCACGGUCGAGGCCUGUUCUGCAAGAGGAACAUCGAGUCAGGGGAGAUGGUGAUCGAAUACGCUGGUACCGUCAUUCGGUCUGUCCUGACAGAUAAACGGGAGAAAUAUUACGACAGCAAGGGCAUUGGGUGCUACAUGUUCCGCAUCGAUGAUUUUGACGUGGUGGACGCGACCAUGCAUGGCAACGCGGCACGUUUCAUCAACCACUCAUGUGAGCCAAACUGCUACUCGCGUGUCAUCAAUGUGGACGGCCACAAGCACAUUGUGAUAUUCGCCCUGAGGAAGAUCUACAGGGGCGAAGAGCUGACCUAUGACUACAAGUUCCCCAUCGAGGAUGAAAGUAAUAAGCUGCACUGCAACUGUGGGGCAAGGCGGUGCCGUCGCUUCCUGAAUUAGUGCAACCAAUACGCACACCAGUACCAACAGCCAUCCUGUUUAAAGUACUUGAAUUCGCGAUAGACUUGAAUAAACACGAUGAGGUGACUGUUGAGAUGCAGCCAUACGAGAGCGGUCGCUGACACACAACAAACUGAUCCAUUGAAAUUCUUCACAUUGUUUGAAGCGUAAUUUAUGGACUGGCGCAGGGGCAGCAUGUGUUGUUUGUUUUUUUUUUUUUUUUUUUUAACUCCUGUCCUUGAGUUCCUCCAAACUGCUGUUUUCAGUCACAGAAGCCAAAUCAGAGCCAUAUGUCAAAUGUUGGGAUGAAGGCUAUUUAAUUUAAUUGCUGAGACUACUGGAUUGUCGAUCUCCGAGGAAGUGCAGGUUUUUAACGACACUGCAGUAUUUUUGGACUUGUAUAAUAGUUGACCAUCUCAUACACCGCAUUCUUAAAUGUUUUGGAAUCUGUUGUGAAUGGCCUCUGCUGGAACCGGGGUCACACACCAGCCGGCGCUCGGGUGACAAAUUAUUACCUGCUACAAACUGUGCAAGCUGAAAAACCUCAUUGCAGUUUAUUCCCGGAUUGCUCUGCGUAAAAAAGAGACCCUUUAUUAUGCCUGCGGAAGUGUGUCUCUGUAACUACAGGGUUACAACGGGAGAAGGAAGAAGGAAAAUUUAUUUAGCACCUUACUCUGCCAUGACCUCUGCUAGCACUGGUGCACAUAGCAGACAAGACAAAAAACCACAAUAAACACAAUUUGACUCAAGGCACCUCCUGUGUACAUUUUAGCGCAGCUAUAUUUUAACUGUGUCCGCACUCUGGAUACAAGUCUCGUGAGCAGGGAGUUGGAUAUUUUUCUGUUACUUUUAUGAAGGUGCUGGUGACUUUUAUCCAAAAGGUAGUUUUUAUAUAGUUGACGGAAGCACCCCCAACAUUUCUCCCUUCCCACUCACUCAAUAGGAAGUUUGUUUUUAUUUGUAACAGCAGAGGUGCUGUGACCAAAAUGUUUUUAUCCCGUUAUUACACUUAUCUGUUUUCAUAUUGUUUCUAUGUGCUGUUCAUGUAUUUUAAGGUCUAAUGAGGGAGUUCUUUGGUGUAGGGUUAAAAAUGAAAAUAGUGAUGGCACUCUGUUCAGUCCCUAAUAAAUCGUUUUGUAUUUUUGUAUAUUUGAACAAUAAAUGAAUAUUCAGCAUACUUAUGAAAAUAAAUGUGUUGUGAACUCUUACCUUGCUUUCUGUUUGCUAAUGAAGACCCACUAAUUGAAACAGCAGUGCGUGUGGAAGCUGAAGGUGUUAACAGAGCGAUUCCCAAGUUACACUUUUUUAAUGUCACUGUUCCCUCUCCCUUGUCUUUUGUUUCUCACAGGGAUACUACCUCAAAGUUAUUAUGAAAUGAAUGACAUUUGAAACGUUUAAUUUCAUUACACAUUUUUGAGGAAAAUGUUUUAAAUGUUUCCUGAAGUUCACUGCUGUGCUAUUUAGCAAAGCAUGAAUCACUCUACUGUUGAACAUGCGACUAUUUUGUAAGCAAAGGUGUAAAGGCAGCCAGUAACGUCAAUAUUCAAUUUUCAACAAUGGCUUCAAUGUGUGCAAUUAUGAGAAUAGCUGGCCCUGAUUUGUUUUGUUUUUUUUGUUUGUUUGUUUUUAAAUGGCAGAUGCUCAUUUUGGAACAAAAUUUUUCAGUGUGUGCUGUAUUCACUUCACCCAGCAGAUGGAUGUAAGUAGGACACUGACCAAGCAUUUUUCAUAUAUUUCCUCAGAGUUUGGCAUGGUUAUCUGGGUCCUGAAUGCAGUGGAUGUUAUUCUUUUGAUUUUCAUUAGUAAUUUAAUUUGAGUUUUGUUCCUUUUAUCGGCUCACAGUGGAUCCUUGCCUGUAUAUAGUUGUAUACAAAAUUUGUAAACCUGUUAAGCAUUUUCUACACAUUUUUUUUUUAUUUAUGAAGUUUUUGCCCAAUAAAAUUUGACAUGUUCCGGAAAAAAACAA